GCAGGCCAAGUAGCAUCUUAUUAUGCGUGUCUCUCAACUUGGGUAACCCGAUUUGUUGAUCUGCAACGUUGCUGCAGCUUGGCCCGCAAGAGUUGAUAGCGAGUGUGUGUGCUGGCUGUGCCUCAUCCAGACAUUCUAGCUUGCUUCUUUACUCACUCGAAGCUUUGUCCAAUUUCCAACCUCACACUUCCACCAUUGAUUGCCUCUAUUCUCAGAAUUCGAAACACCAUGUCGUCCUCUACCUCCCGCGUGGUGGACAUACACACACACAUGUACCCUCCCUCAUAUAUCCAUAUCCUGGAAUCGCGUUCCCAAAUCCCCCUCGUCCGCAAGUUUUCUCAAGCACCUGAUCCGAGACUCAUCCUUCUGGAGGCUGAGGUCAAAGCAUUGGAAGAUGCGACACACAACCCCGAGGCAAAACCGCCUGGGCGGCCUCUAACAUCGCAUUACGCAUCGCUUGCGCAAAAGUUGCACUUCAUGGAUACGCACAGGAUUGAUAUAUCUGUCAUUUCCCUGGCGAAUCCAUGGCUAGACUUUCUAAGCCCAUCAGAGUCAGGCGCAAUCGCGCAGUCCGUCAAUGAAGAAUUCUCGCGCAUGUGCAGCGAACACCCUGGAAGACUCUUUUUCUUCGGAACACUUCCUUUGACAGCAACUCUCGAGACUGUCCUCGCCUCUAUAGAACAUCUUCGGAUCCUCAGAUACUGUCGCGGGGUCAUUCUGGGCACUUCAGGACUCGGGAAAGGCCUAGACGACCCUGAUCUUCUCCCCAUAUUCGAGGCUCUCGCAACAACAGGACUGACUGUCUUCCUACAUCCUCACUACGGUCUCCCAAAUGACGUUUGGGGACCUCGAGCGAGCGUCGAAUACGGGCAUGUGCUUCCUUUGGCCCUCGGCUUCCCUAUGGAGACAACAAUCGCUGUCGCCAGGAUGUACUUGGCUGGCGUUUUCGACAAAGCCCCAGAACUGCGCAUGAUCCUCGCCCACAGUGGCGGAACCCUGCCUUUCCUUGCUGGGAGGAUCGAAAGCUGCAUCAUGCAUGACGGGCAGCUGCUUCGUGAAGGCAAGCUUAACAAGGGCCGUCGAACAGUGUGGGAGGUGUUGAGGGAGCAGGUUUAUCUUGACGCUGUUAUUUACUCAGAAGUUGGGCUCAAGGCAGCUGUUCAAGCUAGCGGUGCUGACAGGCUUAUGUUUGGCACAGAUCACCCCUUCUUUCCACCACUUUCGACUGAUGAGCAGGGGGAAUGGGAGAGCGUGAGCCUGAAUGCGGAGGCCGUUGCUCUUGCAGUGGGACAAGACACGGGAGACUUCAAGAACGUUAUGGGGAUGAACGCUGUCAAAAUAUUGCGGCUCGACACUGAAUCGUGAUUCUAAGGGAUAUAUUAGCGUGAGAUGAGCCACUCCGUAUAGACAUAGCUACCAACCUUGUUUCGAAUCCUCUCUCUAAAAAGACCUUUACGAAACAGGUGCAUGCUCCGCAAAUCGAACUUCUGCCUGGUGUAUUCUCGUUUUGGCAUCAAGUAAACCUUGCUCCGCUUGUUGGUACUCUUCAG